UAGAAAGGUCAGAAAAGUUUUUUUUUUUCAGCCCUCUGGUCUGCAACGGUUUAGUGGGCUUAGCGGAAGCGAGAGCAACCUAGCAUCGGGUUGGAUAGCAAAUUUGAUGGGAAGCACCAAAACCGACAACAGUAGCAGGACGGAGAGUCCAGAACCGACACCCACUCAGCAGCCCUCUACCCCUCAGCAUGGAAAAAUGACUAGUCCUGUGAAGCCAGUCAACCUUCUGCCAGAGGUGCCGACAACAACGUCAAGAAGAUUGUCUCCAAAAGAACAAAGGGAUUGUGAAGUUAUUGAACGUUUGAUCAAGUCCUAUUUUUUAAUUGUAAGAAAGAACAUUCAGGACUCUGUGCCGAAAGCUAUCAUGCACUUUUUAGUGAACCAUGUGAAAGAUAAUCUCCAGAGUGAACUGGUCACUCAUCUGUACAAACACGACCACUUCAAAGACCUUCUUCAGGAGUCUGAACAUAUAGCUGUCAGGAGAAGAGAAGCAGCUGAGAUGCUGAAGGCUCUUCAGAAAGCCAGUCACAUCAUUGGUGAAAUCCGAGAAACUCACAUGUGGUGAAUUCAUUAGAGAUGAUAGUGUAGUCAGCUGUUAGCAAAGUCUGUAGCAAAGAAGGUACAUUCCCCA